AAAAAAAAAAGCAGGGGCUCACACACACAUACAGUCAUACACAUACCACUCUCAGUUUCACACGAUUUUACAGAAAAACAAAGGGCCCUUCCAAAUACAAAGCUGCCGAAAGAGAGAAUAUUUCACUGUUCAUUUAAUACACAAACCCUUUAUUACUAAUCACUUUCAUAAAUGCCCAGAAUUCUCUCAAUUCUCACAUCAAUGUUUCCAUCAUUAAUUAAUUAAUUCUCUUACUACUAGGAAACAGAGCAUAAUUCCGUUAUAAUUAUACACUUAUCAUAUAUACUCACUCUACUAGUAGUAAUAAAUACUUAUGUUUCACUCAAUUUGAUUGUUACUAGUAUUAUGUUAUUGCAAAAAAUGCUCAGUUUCAAUAAAGUAGACAACAAAGAAGAAUGUUUGUUCCUCUUCCUCGUCACAUGAGCUUCAUUUCUCCGUCCUCUGCUUCAGUUAAGCUCCUUCUUCAGGUCUUUUCUCUCACUCUCUCUCCUCAUUUUUCUGUUCUGAGAAAAACCCACUUCAUUUUUGCAGAUAACUUUUCUGGGUUUCCAUUUUUACACUUAAAGACCUUAUCUUUACCUUAAAUUUUCAGUUUUUCUUCAUCACAUUUGAGUUUAUGUGGAAGUAAUAGAAAUGGGUUGUUGAUUUUUUCCUUUUUUUUGUUAAUUUUGAGUGGUGGGGGUUAUUUUUGGACCCACUUGAGUGAGCUUUCAAGUUUAAUCCUUUAAUGGAAGUAAAGAAGAGUUGUGGAAUUUGUUUACAUAUUUUUAUGCCAUUUUUGUUGUCCAUGUUGUUGAUAUUUGGAAACCCUAGUGUAGUUUCAGCUGUUGUUGUUCACCCACAAGAUAGAGCUUCACUUAGUGAGUUUAAAUCAAAGGUAAUUGACGCAGACCCUAGUUUGUUUGCUUCAUGGGUUGGGUCCAAUUGCACCAAUUGGACCGGUGUUUUGUGUGAGAAUCGGACCGGUCGGGUUGUAGCUGUGAACCUUAGCUAUAUGAACUUGUCUGGCACUAUUAGUUCUAGCUUAUGCAACCUUUUAUCUCUUCAAACACUUGUUUUGUCUCAUAAUAACUUUAGUUCUGUGAUUCCACCUUGUUUGGGGGAUCUUUUGGGUUUAAGGGUGCUUGAUAUUAGUCAUAAUGGUCUUGGAGGGUUGGUUCCUGAUACUUUGAGGAGGUUGAAGCAUUUGAGGGAGUUAAUUUUGAAUGGAAAUAGGUAUCUAGGAGGUAUAUUGCCUAUGUGGGUUGGUAAUUUUUCGAGAAAUCUUCGAAAACUUGAUUUGGGUUCGAACUCAUUUGGAGGGGAGAUACCAGAGAGUUUGUUCUGGUUGGAGUCUCUUCGGUACUUGGACCUUUCAGAGAAUAAUUUGUCGGGGAAGCUUGGUGCGUUUCAUCAAUCUCUGGAGGUCCUCAAUCUAGCUUCUAAUCGUAUUUCGGGUACUUUGCCUUGUUUUAAUGCUUGUGUACAAUCACUUAGCAUCCUUAACUUGGCAAACAAUUCUCUUGUUGGAAGGAUUCCCUCUUGUAUGUCCUCAUUUCAAGCUCUGAGGCAGCUUAAUCUCUCCAACAAUGGGUUGAAAUAUGGGAUUUCACCAAUGUUGGUGUUCUCAGAUAUGCUUCUGUCUUUAGACUUGAGUUACAAUCAGUUAUCAGGUCCUCUUCCUAGCAAAAUUGCAGAAACAACAGACAAGUCAGGGCUUCUUGUUCUUGACCUAUCACACAACCAAUUUUCUGGUGACAUUCCUCUGAAAAUCACGGAGUUGAAAAGCUUACAGGCAUUGUUUCUAUCGCAUAAUUCACUUACUGGGGCGAUUCCUGGGAGCAUUGGGAAUCUGACGUAUCUCCAAGUCAUUGAUCUUUCAUACAACUCUCUAUCAGGUUCGAUUCCUUUGAAUAUUGUUGGGUGUUUCCAGCUCCUUGCAUUGACACUCAGCAACAACGAUCUCUCGGGUGAAAUACAACCAGAGCUUGAUGCACUGAACAGUUUAAAGAUACUAGAUAUUAGUAACAACAAGAUCUCUGGUCAAAUUCCUCAAACCUUAGCUGGAUGUAGAUCACUGGAAGUUGUGGAUUUCAGCUCCAAUAGUCUCUCGGGAUCUCUAAAUGAUGCAAUGAACAAAUGGUUAAAUCUCAAGUUUUUGUCGCUUGCUCAAAACAAGUUUGAAGGUUCUCUACCUAGUUGGCUCUUCACAUUCCCGUCCAUCAGAACAAUUGAUCUUUCAGGGAACAGAUUGUCCGGCUUUAUACCUGAUGGUACCUUCAACGUCAGUAAGAAUUUCAACAAUGCAGCUAUCAGUGGUAUGAAUAUUGAGCAGAACUCCUUAUCAUCUGAAAGUAAGGAGAUUCAAAUUUCUGUUAUGGUAAUGGAUAGAAAUGAGCUAAGUUUUGCUUAUGAUUUACUUUCACCUGUGGGAAUUGACCUAUCAACUAACCAGCUAAAUGGGAAGAUACCCGAGAGUCUAUUCACUUUAAAUGGAUUGGAUUACUUGAAUUUGUCGUAUAAUCUUCUGGAGGGUCAGAUUCCUGUGGAUUUAGAGAGGAUGUGGAAUUUGAGGGUUCUUGAUCUGUCACACAAUUAUCUUUCUGGUCCUAUUUUGGCUAAUAUUUCAAGCCUUCAAGACUUAGUUAUGCUAAAUUUUUCGUACAAUUCUCUGUCGGGAUUUGUCUCGAGGAAGCAGGGUUACUGGAGAUUUCCUGAUGCAUUUACCGGAAAUCCAGCCUUAUGCAUUGAGGUCUCUGCCGGAAAGUGCCAACCACCAACCAUUCCUGCACUUCCUGGAGAUAAUUUCAAGGAUGAUUUGGAGGGAGGGCCAGUGUCAGUGUGGAUUUUCUGUGUAACUGCUGCUGUAACUUUUUAUGUGACCCUGAUUGCUCUCUUCUGUUGGCCACGAUCAAGAAACUAUAUUCUUAGGUCGAAAAUUUAGGUGCAUUGUAUAGAGAACAGAAACUUUUGUACAUUUGUUAUGAUUUAUAUUAGUUAUGAUUCAUAUUUGUCCUCUAAAGGAGAAGGAAAGUCAUGUUUUUAGUGAUACUGUUAGAGGCUUUGAGCUAAUGCUAACUUGAAUCAACAACUUUUCAAGUUAGUUGUAAUGUGGAUGAUAUAGCUUGUGUUCUAUUCAACAAAUUUUGACUCA